AUGAAAACUACAAUUAAUUAUCCUACUACUGUUAUUUCUGAAAAAGAUUAUGAAUAUACAAUUAAAUUAUUAUUUGUUGGUGAUAUUUCUACUUUUUAUCAAAGAAAAUCUUUAUUAUGGCAAACUUAUAAAAGAGAUUUAAAUUCUCAAGACUUAUCUGAUUUUCCUCUUCAAAUUUCAUCUUCAAUUGAAAUUAAUGGUAGAAUAGGUAAAAUUGUAUUUACUUCUUAUAAUAAUUUUAUUGGAAGAGAAACAAGUUAUUUUCCUUUUAAAGGAAUUCAUAUUUUAUGUGUUGUUUUUGAUUUUUCAAAUGAUUCAAUUAAAAAUAUUGGUAAUUGGAUAGAAGAAGGAAAAAGAUUUAGUGGUAAUAGAAAAAUGUAUACAUUAAUUAUUGGUCUUUAUGAUAAUUUAUCAAAUUCAACUAAUAUACCAACUGAAGUAUCUGAUAUUCUUCUUAAAGAUAAUACUAUUGAAUUUUAUUCUUAUAAUAAAUUAACAACAUUAAAUUUAUUUAAUAAACUUGAACAAUAUUAUAUAAAAAUUAGAUCAAAUGAUUUAACAGAUGAUGUAAUUGAUAAACAAAUUGCAAAAGAAAAAGAAUAUAAACAAAGAAGAACAAUUUCACAAACUGGUAUUUUAAAUAAAACAUUUUCUUCUUCUCCAAUAAAUCAAGAAGAUAAAAAACGUACACUUAUUAAUUUUAAUAAAUCGGAAAUAAUUAUUACAAUUAAAACUAUCAUUUUAGGUGAUUCUUGUAUUUCUGAUUUUUCUAAAAGAUUAUGUACUGGAUUAUCUAUUGAUUGGAAUACUUCUUUUAAUCUUUAUUCUUUUGAUGAUUAUCCACCAAAAAUACUUCAAAUUGAUAAUAAAAAAACUUUAAAAUUAAGAACAUAUGUUUAUGAUCAUUCAAUUAGAAAAGGUGCAUCAUAUACACCUUAUUUUAAUGUAUUAGGAGUAAUAUUAUGUUUUGAUUAUCAAAAAUCAAAUACAUUUGCAAAUCUUAUGAAUUGGUAUAAUGAAACUUUAAGGUAUUGUAAUCUCAAAUCAACUCAUUAUAUUAUAGUUGGUUUUAAUAAAUCAAAUAAUUCUAUAGUUACUGAUGAUGAUGUUCAAGGUUUUGUAAAUUUCUUUCCAAUGAAUAAAAGACCUCAUGUUUUUUGUUUUGAUGAAUCUAAAACACAUGAAUUUGAUUUAUUAUUUGAAGAGUUUUGUCUUGAAAUUAAUGCAAUGGAAUUUUCACAACCUUAUCUUGAUAAAUGUAAACCACAAAAAGAAGAUAUUCCUAAAAGUCGUUUACAAUCUGGACGUUCUCAAAGAACUUAUUCUUGUGUUCCAUCUCCUCAAUUUAAUUCAAAUGAAUCAUUAACAUUGAUUGAACAUAAACAUACUCAUCAUAAAAAAGAGAAAGAUUGUGUUUUAUUUUAA